UUGGGGGAGAGCCCAGGGUUUCAGUUGCUCCUGUGGAGGCGUGAAUCUCCCAGGGAUUGACUAAUUUGGGGUGGGGGGCGCGGUGGGUGAUGGAGCAGCCUGAGGACAUGGCGUCGCUGAGCGAGUUCGACUCCUUGGCGGGCAGCAUCCCGGCCACCAAAGUGGAGAUCACCGUGUCCUGCAGGAACCUUUUGGACAAAGACAUGUUUUCCAAGUCUGACCCACUGUGUGUCAUGUAUACUCAAGGGAUGGAGAACAAGCAGUGGCGGGAGUUUGGACGCACCGAAGUCAUCGACAACACGCUCAACCCAGACUUCGUGCGCAAGUUCAUCGUGGAUUAUUUCUUUGAGGAGAAGCAGAACCUCCGAUUUGACCUGUACGAUGUUGACUCAAAGAGCCCUGAUUUAUCGAAACACGAUUUCCUGGGCCAGGCCUUCUGCACCCUUGGAGAGAUUGUGGGGUCCCCCGGAAGCCGGCUGGAGAAGCCCCUCACGAUAGGAGCAUUCAGCCUGAAUUCCAGAACGGGCAAACCCAUGCCAGCUGUGUCCAACGGAAGUGGUCUUUGGAUGGAAAGUUUGAGAACCACUGGUCUGGAAGCCUCCGGUGGUGUCCCAGGGAAGAAAUGUGGCACCAUCAUCCUGUCCGCUGAGGAGCUCAGCAACUGUAGGGAUGUGGCCACAAUGCAGUUCUGCGCCAAUAAGCUGGACAAGAAGGAUUUCUUUGGGAAGUCUGACCCCUUCUUGGUGUUCUACAGAAGCAACGAGGACGGAACGUUCACCAUCUGCCACAAAACCGAGGUCAUGAAGAACACCCUAAACCCAGUCUGGCAAACGUUCUCCAUUCCUGUGAGAGCGCUCUGCAAUGGCGACUAUGACCGGACCAUCAAGGUGGAGGUGUAUGACUGGGAUCGAGAUGGCAGCCAUGACUUCAUUGGGGAAUUCACCACCAGCUACCGGGAGCUGGCCCGCGGGCAGAGCCAAUUCAACAUCUACGAGGUGGUAAACCCAAAAAAGAAAAUGAAGAAAAAGAAAUACGUGAAUUCUGGCACAGUCACGCUGCUUUCCUUUGCUGUGGAGUCGGAGUGCACAUUUCUUGACUACAUCAAAGGAGGGACCCAGAUCAACUUCACAGUGGCCAUCGACUUCACCGCCUCCAAUGGGAACCCCUCGCAGUCCACGUCCCUGCACUACAUGAGCCCCUACCAGCUGAACGCCUACGCGCUGGCGCUGACCGCCGUCGGGGAGAUCAUCCAGCACUAUGACAGUGACAAGAUGUUCCCCGCCCUUGGCUUCGGGGCCAAGCUGCCCCCUGAUGGCAGGGUGUCCCACGAGUUCCCGCUGAAUGGCAACCAGGAGAACCCCUCGUGCUGUGGCAUCGAUGGCAUCCUGGAGGCCUACCACCACAGCCUGCGCACCGUACAGCUCUACGGCCCCACCAACUUCGCCCCUGUGGUCACCCAUGUGGCCAGGAACGCGGCCACCGUGCAGGACGGCUCCCAGUACUCCGUGCUGCUCAUCAUCACCGACGGGGUCAUCUCGGACAUGGCGCAGACCAAGGAGGCGAUUGUCAACGCUGCCAAACUCCCCAUGUCCAUCAUCAUCAUCGGCGUGGGCCAGGCAGAGUUCGAUGCCAUGGUGGAACUGGACGGUGAUGACGUGCGGAUCUCCUCCCGGGGCAAGCUGGCUGAGCGGGACAUUGUCCAGUUCGUGCCCUUUAGGGACUACGUGGACCGCACCGGCAACCACGUGCUGAGCAUGGCGCGCCUGGCCCGCGAUGUGCUGGCGGAGAUCCCUGAUCAGCUGGUCUCCUACAUGAAGGCUCAGGGCAUCCGCCCCCGACCUCCGCCAACAGCCCCCGCGAGCUCGCCCCCCCAGUCCCCUGAACGCACACCCCCUGCAUCCCCGCUGCACACGCACAUCUGAGCCAGCAGGUGGCUGGGCCCUGGGGAGGCCUGGAGAAUGGUAGGCAGGAUACCCAGGCUUCCCCCACAACAGUCGGGAGCCCAGCCUUUGGGACAUCUGUGUGCCUGGGAGCCCAGGCAGGGGGCGGGGCUUAUGGAGUCUCCUCCCCAAUUUUCUGGCCUCACUUCCUUUCAAAUCCAGGCUGGGGCAUCUGGGUAGGUGGUGGGAAUGGGGUUCUGGACCCCAGCUUUUCUUUGCCUGUCACUGGGUUCUAGCCCGGCUAGGAAAGUUUUAACAAUCAAGAUGAUUGGGGUCCCCUCAGCCUACCGGGGCAGUCCCUUCUGCUCUCCUGUAGCCCUGAAGCCUGGACUGGCCUCCCUCCUCCCAGUCCCUUUCUCCUAGCAGCUUCCUAUGGUGUCUACUCCUGUACCUGGUAUACUCCUGCCCAGUAUCUCCCCUGUGCCCUGUAUCCAGUGAGCCCCAUGAGGGGUUUGUACAUGAAGUAUGGGACCCCGCCCAGGCAUGGUCCUGUGGGACGAGAGCCCACAGAAUAAUUUCAGGUGGUGAGCCACAAGGGGCAUCUGGGAUGUGAACUGCAGGCCAUGGAUGGGCCAGUAAUGGAGACUUUUCAGGCACAGAGUCCCUUAUGAUGCCUCUCAAGCCCGUGAGGGGGUGCUGGUUCAGACACCCAGAGCCACAGGUCUCUGUGUGAGCCCACAGGCACCUCCACACUUGACUCUGGCUGCAGGCAUCCCACUGCCCCCCAGAGGCUACCCAGAGUCUUUGGUGCCCACACCUCUGCUGCCCAUCUGGGGGUCUGGGCACAGAGUAUCCCAGCUCCGGCACUCCCACGUGCUCCUCUACCCAUGGGGACAGGAGACAGGAGUUCUAGGUUCAGGCCCUGCCUCCACCCCUGCCUGCCGUGGGAACCCCCUGGCCCUCAGUUUCCACAUCUGUAAGGCAAGAGAGUUGAUGAGAUGGGCCCCGCUUUUCCUCUGGCUCUGAUGUCCUGAGGGUCCAUGCAUUCCAAGCCCAGCUUCCCCUUCCCACUCUCGGCCAGGGCAACCCAUCCCCCAGGCCGUCUUGGCUUUCGGGUCAUCCUGUUGCCCCAAAUCUACCCUAACCCUUUAGUCCUGGGUUCUGGAAUCUGAGCCCAAACCCCUGUCUCUGAUGUGGGAAAGGUGAGAAAGGCGACCUCACCCCUGGCCCACCCAGACUCUACCCACUCGGGAGCAGGUCAUGCAUGCCGGUCCCGCCUGCCGCAUGGGGCCCCUCAGCCCACUGCAGACCAGGCCCCACCCAAUCUGCUGCCCAGCACCGCUUCCCUCCCUGUCAUGCAUGAUGGUGGUGUUUCUUUGCUGUCUGGUCUUGUGCCCGUCUCCGAGACAGUCUCCGUGUGGAA